AUGCCGCUGGCGAGAUCCCUGUCCAUGACAUCUCUGAAUGGGCUUCUUCAGUGUGAGGAUGAAGACCUGCCCGUGGAGGAUUUGUUGCUCUUUGAAAUUUCUUGGGAAGUUACCAACAAAGUGGGAGGCAUUUACACUGUGAUCCAGACAAAAGCCAAAACUACAGCAGAUGAAUGGGGUGAAAACUAUUUCCUGAUUGGCCCCUAUUUUGAGCAGAAUGUGAAGACUCAGGUGGAAUUCUCUGAACCUCCAAACCCUGCAGUUAAGAAGGCAAUGGACACCAUGAAAAGCCAAGGGUUUCAGGUCUUUUUUGGAAGAUGGCUGAUAGAGGGCAGCCCAUAUGUCUUACUGUUUGAUAUAGGAUCAGCAGCUUGGAACCUGGACAAGUGGAAAAGUGGAUUUUGGGAAGUCAGCAACAUAGGGAUCCCUUUUCAUGACCGAGAAGCCAACGAUGCUGUGAUCUUUGGAUCAUUAACAGCCUGGUUUUUGAAAGAGCUUUCCUGUCAGUUUGAUGACAAACCCAAUAUAAUUGCCCACUUCCACGAGUGGCAGGCAGGAGUGGGUUUAAUCCUGUCUCGAUCACAGAAACUUCCUGUCGCCACGAUUUUUACUACCCAUGCAACUCUGCUUGGGAGAUACUUGUGUGCAGCCAGUAUUGACUUUUACAACAAUCUGGACCAGUUUGACAUUGACAAGGAGGCUGGAGAGAGGCAGAUUUACCAUCGGUACUGUAUGGAACGGGCAUCUGUGCAUUGUGCCCAUGUGUUCACCACAGUCUCCCAGAUCACAGCUACAGAAGCAGAACAUAUGCUUAAAAAAUGCCCUGAUGUUGUCACCCCAAAUGGCUUGAACAUUAAGAAAUUUUCAGCAAUGCAUGAGUUUCAGAAUUUGCAUUCCAUGUACAAGGCUAGGAUCCAAGAGUUCAUUCGAGGUCAUUUCUAUGGCCACCUUGACUUCGAUCUUGACAAGACUUUGUUUUUCUUCAUUGCUGGGAGAUAUGAGUUUUCCAACAAAGGAGCUGAUAUGUUUCUAGAAGCCUUAUCAAGAUUAAACUUUUUGCUGAGGGUUCACAAGACUGAUGUUACAGUUAUCGUGUUCUUUAUCAUGCCAGCAAAAACCAACAAUUUCAACGUGGAAACCUUGAAAGGACAAGCAGUCCGGAAGCAGCUCUGGGACACUGCACAAUCUGUGAAAGAAAAGUUUGGAAGGAAACUCUACAAUGCCUUGCUGAAAGGAGAAAUCCCAGACUUGAACAAGAUUCUUGACCGAGAUGACAUAAGCAUUAUGAAAAGAGCCAUCUUUUCAACUCAGAGACACUCUCUGCCUCCAGUGACCACCCACAAUAUGAUUGAUGACAGCAACGACCCAAUCCUCAAUACCAUCCGUCGCAUUGGGCUGUUCAACAACCGCACAGACCGUGUGAAGGUCAUCCUACAUCCAGAGUUUCUUUCUUCAACAAGUCCCUUGCUGCCCUUGGACUAUGAGGAGUUUGUUAGAGGCUGCCACCUUGGUGUAUUCCCAUCUUACUAUGAACCCUGGGGCUACACUCCAGCUGAGUGUACUGUGAUGGGCAUUCCCAGUGUAACCACAAACCUCUCUGGAUUCGGCUGUUUCAUGCAGGAACAUGUUGCUGACCCAGAAGCUUAUGGGAUCUAUAUCGUGGACAGGAGGUUCCGCUCACCAGACGAGUCGUGCAACCAGCUGACCCAGUUCCUGUAUGCUUUCUGCCAGCAGAACCGGCGCCAGAGGAUCAUCCAGAGGAACCGCACCGAGCGCCUCUCGGACCUCCUGGACUGGAAGUACCUGGGCAGGUAUUACAUGCAUGCCAGACACUUGGCCCUCAGCAGAACAUUCCCAGAUAAAUUUGAGAUGGAACCAAGUGCUCCUCCAAAGACGGAAGGUUUCAGAUUCCCCAGGCCUUCAUCGGUGCCGCCAUCGCCCUCUGCCUCCCAGCAUUCCAGCCCUCACCACAGCGAAGCUGAGGACGAAGAUGAGGAUGAGAGAUACGAUGAGGAUGAGGAAGCUGAAAGGGAUAGGCAGAACAUCAAGUCCCCCUUUUCCCUUGGAACCUUGCCUCAAGGAAAAAAGAAGCAUCACGGAGAAUACAGGAACUGAACUCAUUGCUCUCACCCUGGCAUUGCUCCCCAUCCGCUCAACAGUUUCUCCUGUAGGCUUGGCAAGCUUUGCGUUAAGGACGGUGUGAUGUAAUUUGGGGAACUUAACUGUUACUUGAGCUACACUUUUGGAAAGCCUAAUGUUAUUUCACCUUGAAAGUAGUUUAAAUGACAAUUUUUCAGUGCCCCUUUGAGGUAGAAGAGAUUUUUCAGGCUUAAUAAAACUAGAGAAUGAGGCAAUCUCCUCAGGAGUUUAUAAAAACUGUAGAUCAUACCUUUGUCUGUGGAAUCAUCUGUAUUAAUCAUAGUCUAGACAAAUAGCUACGUUUUGGGUAUCCCAAAGGAAUUUCUGCUUAAUUUAUGUUUCCCCUUUUCCCCUCCUAAACUAACAUGAACUUUAAACCAGAGCUCAAAAAAUUAGAGAAAAAAAGUGUUACACUGGAGAAAUAUUGGAAGAGUUAAAAAAGAUACACUGAAAAGAAAAUGGUCUUUCAUUUUCCUGAUGCUGUUUAUUGUAAGCUUACAUAAUUUAAAACACUUUUUCACAGCACACAGAAGUGUCUUGAUCCAGUGGUAAAACACACUUCCUGUGGAACAAUAUAAAGUCUUAUGCAGUGGGCAUUUGAGUUUUAGAGACAAAUGAAGUCAUCUUUCUGAGGCCAUUUAGACCCACAAUAAACAGCAGACCGUUUAUUUUCUGA